UUGUGAACGAGGAAGAGGAGAGUCGAGAAAUUAUCGGAUACAAAUGGGUCCAUUAUCCUCAUGGUCCUGAGAGAUGUCAUUGGCAACCAAAUAUGAUAACAAUUGGUAGAGAUUUAGAUGGCAUGAAUCUUGUAGUUGGACGUGCAAGACAUAACGGCGAUGUUUUACCGGCUAAAGUAAAACCCGAUCAUAGUGUUGCUUACGUCUGUCAUGAUGGCAAUGAACACAUGAAACAUGAAUUUGAGAUUCUAAUGCCAGCGGAUUUCAAAUGGAUCCCAUCGGGUCAUGGACAUGUUCCUGAAAAUGCUGUUGAAGCUGGUAGAACAAUUAAUGGUGAAGUUCUUUACGUUGGUCGUACUUAUCAUAAUGGUGUCCCUUGCGUUGGAAAGGUGCAAAGAAGCCAUGGGGUUUUGUAUAUACCAUAUGACGGACAGGAAAUACCUUUCAGACAAUACGAAGUACUCGUGCAAAGUUAAUUCCAAUAUUUUAAUAUAUAUAUAUAUAUAUUCGUUUAAUCAUUUUGAUCAGUGAAAUAUAUAUAGAUAUAUUUUUUU